GAAAAUAAAUACUCACACAGCGUCUAACUAUCACGCACACACUCACUGAAGCAGAGUGCGCGUUGUAUACAAGUUUUUAGAGAGAGAGAGACAGAGAGAGAGAGAGUCUGAGGAAGAGAGAAAGCAAAAAGCUUUUCUUCAAUGGCGCCCAGGAAACGACGCGUUGUUGAGGAAGAAGAGAAAGAGAAACUGAAGCCCGAGUUGGCAACGCGGUUGACUCGGAGCGCGACUCGGAGAGAUGCCAGUAUUAACUCAGAUAACUCGGUGGCUGAGUUGCAGAAGACCGAGUUACCGAAGGCGAAGAAGGCCAAGAAGGCUGUGAAGGACGUAGAGCUCAAGGUGGUGGAGGAAGAAGUCGAGGAAGGGACGAAAACCAUUGUGAUUGAGCACUGCAAGCAAUGCAAUUCAUUCAAGACAAGGGCUAUUCAGGUGAAAGAAGGUUUGGAGGAAGGUGUUACUGGUAUCACAGUGCUGGUCAAUCCUGAUAAGCCAAGAAGGGGGUGCUUUGAAAUACGAGAAAAAGGCGGCGAGACGUUCAUCAGUCUUCUGGAUAUGAAGCGACCAUUUACACCAAUGAAGAAUCUGGACAUGGGUGAAGUUAUCUCUGGCAUUAUUGACAAGAUCAAAUGAAGACCAACUGCUUGCAAGUGGAUUUUGGAUAUACCGUGAAAGUCAUUUUGUCGUAGUGCAUGAAGUUGGCCUUGCUAACUUUCUUUCAUGGUAGAAACUUCUAAUGUCUGGAUAUUCUGCUCUGGUAUCUGUUGCUUUUGAAUUGUCAGUACUAAUACUGUUUAAGAUUGGGGUACUUGACAUUGAACAGUCAUUCUAGAUAUUGUUGAUAGGACGAGUUGAUGAAUACAGAUGCAUUUAGGUUACUGUUGUAGCAGCCUUUUCCCCCUGUUUAAAGAGGCAAGGUUUCAUUGUUAGUUU